UCAUCUGUAUUUUUGACUCUUAUGAAGGAAGGCUCGUGAUUCUUUUGUGGUUUGAUUGAAGCCUCCUCAUUUCAUGUACUCUAUACUUAGCUUGCCCUAUAAAUUCUCUAAUUACAUCCACCGCAGCAAUUUACAACUCUCUCAAAUUUGGGGGUGCUUGGUGAACUUUACCAGGAUCAGUUAUAUUCUCAUCUAAAGUCACUAACUCGGGGGAGUUCUCGAUAAAGAGCCGAAAGGGUAUCUGGAAAUCUCUUCAAGUUGUUAAAUUUCGUUCGUUUUCAUCUGCAAUUUUGUAGUUUUGUAAGAUAAAUACAUAUAGAAGAAUGUCGGCGGGAAAUGCCCUGUAUUACCCUAUUCUUGGUUUUGCAUCGUUUAUUCUUUUCAUUUACAUGCCUUUCCGUGACUUGAAGCUUGGUUUUGAUAAAGAGCCUCAAUUGGCUUUUGUGACGAGAAAUGGGACUCAAUUUGUGUUGGAUGGCGAAGCUUUCUACAUAAACGGGUGGAAUUCUUACUGGUUAAUGUCUCAAGCUGUUGACGAAUUUUCCAGAUACAGAGUCCAGGAAAUACUGCAAACCGGCGCGAAGAUGGGUCUAAGUGUCUGUAGAACUUGGGCAUUCAAUGAUGGCGAUUACAAUGCCCUUCAGACUUCCCCUGGUCAAUUCAAUGAACAAGUUUUCAAGGCCUUGGAUUAUGUCAUAGCAGAAGCAAGGCAACAUGGAAUAAGGCUGCUUCUUAGCUUAGUUAAUAACUUGCAACCAUAUGGUGGGAAGACUCAGUAUGUCAAUUGGGCAUGGCAAGAAGGGAUAGGGUUAAGCUCGUCCAAUGAUUCUUUCUUCUUUGACCCAUCGAUCCGUAGUUAUUUCAAGAAUUAUAUCAAGACUAUCCUGACAAGGAAAAAUACUAUCACUGGAAUUGAAUAUAGAAAUGACCCUGUCAUAUUUGGUUGGGAGUUGAUUAAUGAACCUCGUUGCAUGUCUGACCCUUCAGGUGACACUCUUCAAGAAUGGAUAGAAGAAAUGGCAUCUUUUGUCAAAGCGAUUGACAAGAACCAUCUGGUGACUGUAGGGCUCGAGGGUUUUUAUGGUCCUCAUGACCCAAAGAGCUUGACUGUCAACCCUGAGGAUUGGGCAUCAAAACUUGGAUCUGAUUUUAUUCGCAAUUCCAAAGUCUCAAACAUUGAUUUCACAUCAGUUCAUAUUUAUCCUGACCAGUGGUUUCAUGAUCAACUAUUUGAAGACCAACUGAAGUUUGUCUCCAAGUGGAUGCUUUCUCACAUGGAAGAUGGUGACAAAGUAUUGAAGCGGCCUGUCUUGUUCUCUGAAUAUGGCUGGUCAGAUAUGAACCAAAACUUCUCAACAGCUGAGAGAGAAAAGAUGUACAAAACCAUUUUAAACAUAAUCUACAAAUCUGCCAAGAGAAAAAGGUCUGGAGCUGGUGUUUUGGUCUGGCAAUUCCUAGUUAGAGGAAUAGAGGAGUUUGGAGAUGAUUUUACGCUGAUACCCAGUGAAAAUUCAUCGAUCUAUCCACUUUUUGUCAAACAAUCAUGCAGAUUGGCCAAAAUCCAGGGACGUACUCUGCAGAACCGAAGUUUCAAAGAACUGUGUUAGCGACAAAGUUGAAAAUUAAAUAUUUAAUAAUAUUGUGGAAGUGAGGCCAAGAUAAAAAUAUGGCUAGUUUUACCAUAACCUUAUAUUCCAUCAUCGAUGUUGAAUUGAAUUCGAGUGAUGAGUUUACAGUACUUUUGUGAAUCGAGCGAUUAGUCGUAUACGGUAUUUUAGUUGUAGCACAUAUAAGGAGUUAUGAUGAAGUGUUGCUGUAAAGCUUGUUCCUUUGGUAAAACAAAAUCGACAAGGAAAAUGAGUUUAUAGAUAUAACUGUAUAAGGAAUGCCUUUGAAUUGGAACUGUUGAUAUUGUAACCAGCUUCUUUGCGAUCUGCUUUC